CGGCAGCACCACAUAAGUCGCGAGAGGAAGCUUAAAUCUUGACGCUUGCGUUUAGGACCACUUCGGUUCAUGAUGGUUCGUAGUGGAAAAAAUGGUGACCUUCAUCUUAAACAGAUUGCAUAUUAUAAACGAAUUGGUGAAUAUCAUCCAACUACACUGCCUAGUGAGAGAAGUGGCAUAAGAAGAGCAGCAAAAAAAUUUGCCUUCAAAGAAAAAAAGCUGUUUUAUGUCGGAAAAGACAGAAAACAAAAUCGUUUGGUAAUUGUUUCAGAAGAAGAAAAAAAGAAAGUCCUGAGAGAAUGCCAUGAAAAUGACACUGGAGCCCAUCAUGGCAUAUCCAGAACCCUUACUCUAGUGGAAUCCAGCUACUAUUGGACUUCUGUGACCAAUGAUGUCAAACAGUGGGUAUAUGCUUGUCAGCAUUGCCAAGUGGCAAAAAAUACGGUUAUUCUAGCACCUAAACAGCACCUUCUCAAAGUGGAGAAUCCAUGGAGUAUAGUUACUGUUGAUCUGAUGGGCCCAUUUCAUACAAGCAGCAGAAGUCAUGUAUAUGCUAUAAUCAUGACAGAUUUGUUCACAAAAUGGGUUGUGAUUUUGCCUCUUUGUGAUGUUUCAGCAUCAGAAAUUUCUAAAGCUAUUAUCAAUAUAUUUUUCUUAUAUGGACCUCCUCAGAAAAUAAUAAUGGACCAAAGAGAUGAGUUCAUUCAUCAGAUCAAUGUAGAACUGUGUGAAUUGUUUGGUACAAAGCAAAUUGUAAUUUCUCAUGCCUCCCAAACUAUUAAUCCAACUGUAAGUACACCUAGCACAAUCAAAACAUUUCUUUCCAAACACUGUGCUGACUACCCAAACAACUGGGAUGAUCACCUAGCAGCUGUUUCAUUUGCCUUCAAUGUUACUCACUUGGAACCUACUAAAAAUACACCAUAUUUUCAAAUGUUUAAUCGAAAUCUUUACAUGCCUGAGACUUCAGAUAUUCUUCGUGAAGUGGAUGGUAAUAAUACAAGUAUGUUUGCCAGAAUUCUAGGUGCAAUUAAAGAAGCUGAUAAAAUAAUGGAGAAUAAGACAACUUCAGUGGGCCAGAUGGAGAACAACAGUUUUGAUGAACUAAAUAAAAGCAAAAUCAUUGUUAAAAAGAAACCAAAGCAAUUAAAUCCAUUUCAUCUAAAAGUGGGUCAUGAAGUUUUAAGACAAAGGAAAAACUGGUGGAAGGAUGGUCGUUUCCAAUCUGAAUGGGUUGGUCCUUGUGUCAUAGACUAUAUUACAGAAAAUGGAUGUGCUGUUCUGAGAGACAACACUGGGACUAGACUUAAAAGACCCAUCAAAAUGUCCCACCUCAAGCCCUAUGUAAGAGAAUCCAGUGAACAAGACAGUCUUUAUCUCUUACAAGGUUCAGUAGUGGCAGAUCAUGACUACAUUGGAAUGCCUGAAAUUUCAGUUGGAGCAUACCAAGCAAAUAUUCUGGUAGAAGAUGCAACUAUUGGAGUAGUCGACAAUGAAUUACUGACAUCAAGCAAGGAUCGUGAACUGUUAGAAUAUAGAAAUGCCAAAAUUUCUCCCUUGAUAGACGAUCAUAGUACUCUUGAAAAGCAGACUUUUAGUCUCUUGGACUCUUCAAACCAAGUCCUUGAGUACUUAAGUUAGU